AUGACUUUAUUUAUUACCCUCUUCAUCGUUUUUGUAGUUGCUAAAGAGCCACAAGUAGCUCCUGUUAUUGGAUUUUCUAACAGUUUUACAUUUUCUCAUACUGGAGCAAACAAAACAUUAGAUUUAAAAACAUUAAAUUUAGAUAUUGAAAAAGUUAUUGAGAGUGAUGUUGAUCAAGUUGUAUUCUUUAUAGACUAUAAUAUUAAUACAUUUGAUUUUGAAGAGUUUACUAAAUAUAAUGGUUAUACUACACUUAGAAACUAUACUUUAAACUCUCUUUCUUCAUUUGAAGCUGAAACUACUACAAUUUCUUUUGUUGAUGUUUUAAAUAAUUUAGAAUUAAAUAUUACAAAUAAUAAAAUUCAUAAUAGAAAUGUUUAUCUUUAUACUGAUUCAGCUACUUUAACUGAUACUUCAUUAUUUAAUUUUGCACAAAAUUAUGCCACAGUUAAAAUACUUAAUCAAGACGAUUUUACUUCUAUUAAUAAAUCUGCUCUUGUAGUUAUUGCAUUUAGAAACGUUGGUUCAUUUGAUCGUUUAAAAUUAAAUGAUCAAAUUAUUAAAAAUUAUUUUAAUCAAAAUUCUGAAUACACUAAUGUUGCUUUCUAUGGUUCUCUUCAUUUAGUUGAAAAAGAUACUAUUACUUCAGCUACUUGGUAUAAUACUGCUACUCUUUCUAUUCUUUUUGUUGUAUUCAUUCUUUUAAUUCUUCUCUGGUUUAUGAUGCAUUUUAUGUUAGCUGUUCAAAGUAUUGGUCCAGCUGUAUUUGCUAAACCAAAGACUGAUUAG